GCCCGUUCCCUUUUUCUACAUACGCUGUACCAGACGGUGGCCAAUAGCUACGAAACCGCUUCUCAAUUUCGUUAUCUGUUUCAAACAAAACAAUGGGCUCUCUUUCUCUCUUUCCUUCCCACUAAUCAAACUACAUUUCACAUUAAAAUAUCUGUUUCACCUUCCGUCCCCCUUGGCGGGUUCUUUUCUUCUGUUUAGGAGCGUGCGUCUCUUCAGUCCCAUCUAGGGUUCUCGCUCCUGCAAUCUGCCCGAUCUUUUUUGGGUGCUGAUCCUUCUCUGCAAUUACCCUUUUGGAACUGACUUUUUAUUUCAGGGCAUUUUCUUGCUAUUCCUAUUCAUUUAUAAUUCUGAUUUUGGGGAUGCCCUCGACUUGGAAUUUGAUUGAGUUGAGAAAGUCGCUUCUUUUAUGAAUAUCACAUGAGGCGAGAUUCUGAAUAUUAUACGAAAUUGAGUUUUUAAUCUGCCCCGUUUCUUUUGCGGGGUGGUUGUUAGAGGAGGUUCAUUUGUCACCCAUUUUUCAUUAGAAAAGGAUAUCUUUUUCUUGUGAUCAACAUACAUGCUUCUAUGUUUUUUGGAGUGUCAAUGGGAAGGCAUAGGUAACUAUGUCUCGGUGCUAAUCUCUCUCUCUCUCCCACAAUUAUUUAUUUUGCAGGAAAGUUGACAAGAGGCCCAAACUUCGUUUGAAUUCGGAAAUCUCAACUCCUGGUUGCUUUGUCUAGACCGCCUCACGCAUUUUUUCUCGUAGUUGAUAUCAUUGACUUCCUAAUUGCGAUCGUAGCAUCUUCUUUAUGCUAUGAGCUUCUGUCCUGCAUCUUUGAUUGAUCAUGGAGCAGUAGCUUCUGAACAUUUUAUUUGGGGCUGGUGACGUAAAGAAAGCCCUGUAUCUGUUUACGUCUGAAAGAAGAAUUUCAUUCAUAUGGCUUGGAAUCUAAAGCUGCCGUUAUAUGUCGCUGUCUUGUUUGUACUAUCCCUUGUUCUCUUAUCAGGUAAUUCAGAAGCUGAAGUCGAACAUGAAGUUGCACAUAAACUUAGAUCUGCUCCGGAUAAGAAUGUAGGAAGCAAGGUCAUCGAUGGCACUGGUCUAGAGAAUUCCCUUGCUUUUGAUGAAACCAAUAGUGUGCUGAGUGAUAGGAAGGGUGGAAGUAGUAAAGUUUCUGUUUCAACAGUUGCAUUAUUUACACUGGCAAUGGCGGCUGCCACCGGUUUAGGUGCUGUACCCUUCUUCUUUGUGGAGCUUGAUCCACAGUGGGCUGGAUUAUGCAACGGAAUGGCAGCAGGUGUCAUGUUGGCUGCAAGUUUUGAUCUUGUACAGGAAGGGCAGGAUCAUGGAGCUGGAAACUGGGUUGUGAUUGGGAUUCUAGCUGGUGGAAUUUUUAUUUGGCUUUGUAAGAAGUAUCUUGAGCAAUAUGGGGAAGUAAGCAUGUUGGAUAUAAAGGGUGCUGAUGCAGCCAAAGUGGUCCUAGUUAUUGGAAUAAUGACACUUCAUUCUUUUGGAGAGGGUUCUGGGGUCGGGGUCUCCUUUGCUGGUUCAAAAGGUUUCUCUCAAGGUCUGUUGGUUACAUUGGCUAUUGCUGUACACAACAUACCAGAGGGAUUAGCUGUGAGCAUGGUGCUAGCAUCAAGGGGUGUCUCCCCACAGAAUGCUAUGUUAUGGAGUGUAAUAACAUCUUUACCUCAGCCAAUUGUAGCAGUUCCUUCAUUUAUGUGUGCUGAUGCAUUCAGUAAGUUCCUGCCUUUCUGUACGGGGUUUGCAGCUGGAUGUAUGAUCUGGAUGGUUGUUGCAGAAGUACUCCCUGAUGCAUUCAAGGAAGCCUCUGCCUCACAGGUUGCGUCAGCAGCAACCCUUUCUGUAGCAUUUAUGGAAGCUCUCAGCACAUUCUUUCAAAAUUUCAGCCAUGACUACAACUCUGAGGACGCUUCUGGCUUCUUUGUUUCAUUACUUUUUGGCCUUGGCCCAUUACUCGGUGGCAUCAUUCUGGUUGCAUUUGCUCUUGCCUUUCAUCUCCGGCAUGCUCUCCUUAUGGGCACGGCUUGUGGGAUUGCUUUUGUUCUUGGUGCUUGGCGACCAGUGCAGCUUAUUUUGUCUACAAAGCUGGGAUUUUUUCCUGUUUUAUUCCUCCUGGCAGUGGGGGCUGCUUUCGUCCAUGUUUCUAGCUCGAGUAUGUUAAAGGUUACAGCUCACAAAAAGACCUCUGCCAGUGACUUACCGACAGUCACCGGGUUCCCAUUAAGCGUUCACACCCUUCAAUCAUUCAUUUCAUGUGGAACAGUUGCUUUUCAUGCUUUGGCUGAAGGACUCGCAUUGGGAGUGGCUGCACCAAAAGCAUAUGGACUUGGCCGUCACAUGGUCCUCCCAGUCUCUCUACACGGACUUCCACGGGGAGCAGCGGUGGCUAGCUGCAUCUUUGGUGCAACUGAUAGUUGGCAUGCCUCGCUUGCAGCAGCUGCCAUAAUUGGAUUCAUGGGCCCAAUAUCAGCAAUUGGGGCUAUUCUUGCCGGUAUUGACUAUAGCGGUCUUGACCAUGUGAUGGUCUUUGCCUGUGGGGGAUUGAUCCCAAGUUUUGUUAAUAUGGUUAAGAGAGCACUAAGUUUAGAAAAAAGUAAAAGCACUUGCGGCCUCAUUAUGGGUAUGGGGUUUGCUAUUUUAUGUCUGACAUUCACUAGGCUGGUUUGCUUGCAUACACCUUACUGCAAUUCUGCACCAGAAGCUGUCAGAUAGGAUGAUUGUGGUGCAUUAUCAUCUAUUGUCGAUGUUCUUAUACAACAGACGUAUUGAUCUCUUUGGGUUGAUCACCCAUGUCCCUUGCUAUGAAGUGUGAAGAGAUCAUGAAUGAGGGAGAGGGUGAUGCUAAGCUCAAAUUGCUUCAAUCCUUUGCAGAUAUUGUAGUUGUGUUUUAGUUUUAUUGACCAACAGAGACUGCAGGGAUUGGUGUGUCAUUUAUACUGGAGCUGGCUUUUUGGGGGCUUUAAAAGAAGCUAACGGGCUAUAUACACACACCUUAUUGAGGCAGAUUUAUUGCAGGCGCUAAAGUUUGUAUUCAAGAAUCUGAUGUUUGUCAUAGUUAGCUUUUACGUUGUAUAUAGCUUUAGAUUUUAUUGAUCUGAACCCAAAUUUGCUACACUAUGAUUAACACAGUAAAAUUCUUGAAAAGUCAGCAGUU